AUGGAUAUGGAGGUGUUGCAUAGCACUCCUACUGAGACAUUAGGUUCUCAUCCCCUUUCUUUUUCCAUACUGUUUCCAGAGGAAAAUGGCACAGCGGAUAGAGACGACGCAGUGCCCUCGAAGGUAACUUCUGAGUAUGACCCCUCGAAGCACGCGUGGGUAGUUGCGACCACUACUAUCGUGCUCCAAACUAUUUACUUAGGUCGAGAGUUCGUGGAAGAAGAACCCCAAUUGCCCGUCGUAACCUUCCUAGAUAGGAACGCUUCAGCAUCUAGGAAGCGGUCAUCUAAGGUGGUACACCUCGAGUCCGACUCCGAGACCGAGGAAGAGGAAAUCCGUCAACCCUGGCCAGAAGGAAGACACCAUGGAGGAGGAUCCAGAGGAGGAGUUGGACCCUUACGGAAGUCCAAAGGUGGAAUACAUGCCCUCUUCCCCCACUUCGGCACCCCGUCGAGUUUUGGGUUCACCCCACCCAACGGAACCGGAUCUUCAUUGCACGAAAAGAUAGAUAAUAAAUUGAUUAUUAAGGUGGAUCCAUCAAGGCAUGGAAAGAGGUCAGUUUCAUUGGAAGAAGCACAAAAGGAGGAAGAAGAACAUCAUGAACACUUGUUCCCAAUCUAUUCUGAAAGAUCUCAACAAGACAUGUCGGCUAUGGUUUCUGUCCUCACACAAGUCAUGGGAGGAGGCAUCCCAAAUGACCCUUUAACCCCUUCUCAUCAAUCUACUAAUCACAAUAAUCAACAAUCUCAACCACCAUCACAAGAUCAAGGGAACAUAAGAAGAAGACAUUAUAGAGGGGUGAGACAACGGCCAUGGGGAAAAUGGGCGGCGGAGAUUCGAGAUCCACAAAAGGCGGCUAGGGUAUGGCUUGGAACUUUUGAAACUGCCGAGGCGGCUGCCCUCGCAUACGACGAGGCAGCCCUUAGAUUCAAAGGAAGCAAAGCUAAACUUAAUUUUCCUGAAAGAGUUCAAGGAACUGUCGAAUUUGGUAAUUACCUCACGAAUUUUCAACAAAAUAAUAACCAACAUCAAAUUCAACAUCAGAAUACAGCAACUCAACAAAAUGUUCAAUAUCCAUCACAAGGGAUAAUGACAAGUAGUGGCGGAUUCGGUUAUGAUCAACAGAACAUGUAUUUUGUUCCGUCUCAUCAUCAACACUAUUCAUCAUCUUCUUCUUCGUCUUCCGAACCACCACAUCAACAUUAUAACCAACAACAAGAACUUAUGAGAUCAUAUUCAUUGCAAUAUGGAGGUUCUUCUUCUUCUAGUGAUCAUCAUUAUCAUCAUCAGCAAUAUCCUACUAAGAAUUGGAAUGAUGAUGACAUGGAUGGUAGACAAUAAUAAUUUCAAGAGAAUUAUACAUACAAGAUACAAUCAUAUG